CUCAAUUACACCCCGACGAUACCUUCUGCAACUGACUGAAUUCCACCCAAAAAGUUAUUACAUGAUGGUUAAUAUCACUUCUAUUCGGUCUGCCAAUGCAGAUUUUGCCAGCCUGCCGCUGGCAAAGGGGUUGGUUGCGGUGUUUGUUGGAGCUACAGCUGGCAUCGGUGAGAGUGCUCUGAGAACCUUCGUAUCGAAUACAGUGGAUCCGACCGUUUACUUUGUUGGCCGUUCCGAAUCCGCUGGCAGCAAGAUAACAGCAGACCUACAAGCCCUUAACCCAUCUUCCAAAAUCCAAUUCCUCCAGGCAGACACAACCCUCCUAUCCACAGUUGACAAGGUCACCAACCAAAUUGCCGCCUCGGAAAAGAAAUUGAACCUCCUCUUCAUGUCCCCGGGCUACAUGACGAUGCAAAGCCGCGAUGAAUCACCGGAAGGCAUCGACCGCAAAAUGGCCAUCUCCUACUACGCCCGCAUGCGCUUCGCCCUGAACCUCCUGCCCCUCCUGUCGACCUCUGAGCCGGCUCGGGUGAUCAGUGUGCUGGGUCCUGGCACUGAGGGCGCCCUCGACAUGAAAGACCUCGGCCUUGCGGCACCAGGGUCUUUCAGCUUAGCGGCUGUAGCGAGGCACACAGUAACAAUGACUUCACUGACGUUCGAGCACUUGUCCAGACAGUACCCUAACAUCGGUUGGAUUCAUGCAACGCCUGGAUUCGUUAUCACAGGACUAACUAGAGGGUUGCCUGCCCCGCUAAGAAUACUGUCGAAGAUCACGGAGCCGCUGCUGAAAUUCGCCAGUACACCUAUUGGCGACUCGGGGCAGGGAUUCUUCUACUUGAGUACGCAGGAGAAGUUUGCGAAGGGAUUGUGGUUGGUCGAUUGGAAGGGGGAGAGUGUCGACAGCCGGGUUGAAGAGGGGAAGAACCGGUGGGCUAAGAGUGGGGCUCAGUGGUGGGGGGAUAGCAAGGUGGAAGCGGUGUGGAGGCAUACCGAGGAGGUUAUGGCCAGUGUCAAGAAGUAGAUUCGGUUUUAAUGGCGUUGGUAUUGAUUUUGUUUACAGUCUAUGCUCAUAUUUGUUUUAGCAACCCGA